CUUAAGCUUUGUGAUUCUGCGGCUGCUACGCGCGAACGCCCGUCUUUUGGCGGCCAAACACACGCGCGCUGACGCCUCCCGGACGUGCCCACCAGCUCCGAAAAUAUCAGCCAUUUGAGUCGCAUCAGCACCUAACAAGCAUGAUCGCAGUCGACCGGGACAUCCUCGUCCACAUCGGCGGCUUCCUCGUCGCCUACAACUUACUGGGGAGAGCCUACGCGGCGCUCUCCACGAAGUACAGCACGACCUAUAACGAGUUGUCGCCCUUCGACCAAACGGGCUGGACCGGGCGCCUCGUCUCGCUGACGCACGCGCCGAUAGCGGUGGCGCUCGCCUGGCGUUGUUUGCGGGACUAUGAGUGCUGGACGUGUGCGGCCACCUUAAUCCACGCGCACGAUGCGAAGGGCGUCUUUGCGCUGGCGCACACCGGUGGGUAUUUGCUACAUGAUUUUGUUGACCUGCUGAUCAAUGGGAAAAAACACAAGAAAUACGACGGCGGGCCCCUCGUCUUCUUGCAUCAUGUUGCGGCCAUCUGUUCGUAUUGUAUCGUGGCGUCCUAUCGAAAAUGCACCCUACUCUACGUCAUCUGGAUCCUCUGCGAGCUCUCGACGCCGUUUUUGAAUGGGAUCUGGUUCUUCUCGAAGAUGAAGCUCAAACCCCAGAGGACGGCCUGCGGGUUGAUGCUGUUCCUGUCGUACGUGCCGACGCGGAUCUACGCGUCGCCGGCGACGGCCGCCGCCUUAUACGCCGCGCGCGACGACGUGCGGGAGCUGCCCGCCUUCCUCGUAGGGUUCCUCCUGGCGAUGUUGAUUUUUGCGACGGUGAUGAACUACUUCUGGUUCUACAAGAUCUCGCUCGGCAUUAUGAAGGCGCUCGGCCUCGGGGCGAAGAAGAAGGCGGCGUGAUGGAUGUUUUAGGACGUGUUUAAUCAUAUUUUUUCCCG